AUGGCACAGCCGCCACCCGCGUCCAUCUCGCAAUUGAUAGCCAACGUAAAAGCCAACCUCAGACGACUUCAUGCAGCACGAGGCCGCCAGCGCGCAGACAGCUUCAGCGAUAGCCCAGCGCUCUGGCUCUCACCGUCCACGAUCGUCAGCACCAUGGGCUCCACCAACAAGGUCGCUUCAAUCUCCCAAUACACCACCCGCACACUGGACCAAGAGAUCGACACCGUGGCCAUCUGCCCCGUCCACCCGGACUACAUGAUCGUGGGCACCUACAGCCUCGUCAAGAAGGACGCCCCGACCUCGUACGUGGGCCAAACCCGGCAGGGCAGCCUGCGCGUCAUGACCGUGUCCUCGACAUUCACGCCAAGCUACGCGGGCAUGCUACCCCCCGGCCUCGACAGAGUGGACCUCCCCUGCGCGGCGCUGGACGUGCAUUUCCACGCGGAGGACCCGACGCUGCUGGGCGUCGCGACGAGCAAUGCGUCCAUCGACUUCUACAGGCUCGUCGUUCGAGGGGACGUGCUUGGCAGGAGGGUGACGACGCGACUUCUCCCGCUGGGGAGUGUGCGGGUCGGCGAGGAUGACGAGCACGGCCUCACGCCACUAGUCACGCAGUUUACUUGGUUCGAGGAGAUGCGGCGCACGGGGACGAGAGGCGUCGACGACAUGCUGAUCGUCGCGCUGGCUGCCACGACGAGUUUCGGCGAGACGAGCGUCACGACGCUGAGCAUCCCUGACGUGCGGGACGUGAGUGACCACCGCGUCGGUGGGGAUACGGAUGGCGUCGUAUCGGCGGCGCGGAUCUCGUGUGAUGUCGUGCACAGGCAUGAUCUCGAGGCGUGGACUGUAGCGAGCAUCAACAUGCCGUUGUACACCUCGAGCGACAAUGGGGCACAUGUCCAUGGUGGUGACGGCGGCGGUUGCAAGCGCUUGAUCCUCAGUGGCGGGGACGAUAGCGCGGUCGUCGCGAGUUGUGUUUCACCCGCCACGCCAUUCCGGUCGGAUGAAGGGGCCUUUGAAGCCACGCACAUGUGGAAGGAUCGCAGGGAUCAUACCGCCGGUGUGGUUGCCAUACUGCCGCUUACGCCACCACCUCGUGGUGUAUUAGGGAAGGAGAAGGAUCCGAUGCCCCCGCGCACCAUCCCCCUCCUCACCGGCAGCUACGACGAGUUCCUGCGCAUCUUCGAGACCGAUCCCCACGGCUACCGAGCAAGCUUGAAAACCGAACUACGCCUGGAUGGCGGCGUGUGGCGCUUGAAGGUCCUUGACCAGUACACCACAGAUGCAGACACCAGAGCCAACAACGACGCCCACACGGACAGAGGCGGCCGCGCUUGUCAGCACCACCACUACCUGGUCCUCGCGUCUCUAAUGCACGCGGGCGCUGCAAUCGUCCGCAUCACCUACGCUACAGGGAGUGGCGGUGGCGGUGUUUUGCCCAGCUCAGAAGUGCCGCAUAGCGAAGAGACGUGGACAGUCACGCCUCUCGCGACCUUUUCCGCCGGCCACGAGAGUAUGGUCUACUGCUGUGAUGCGCGGCUCGAAAAUGCAAGUCCGGGCAAGGGUAUUCGCAACGACACGUACAACAUGGGGAUUGGGAACGGGAGCGAGAACGUAGACACGAACAUGAUUAGAAAGAUGACAGAGGCGCCUACUUACACUGUUGUGAGCACGAGCUUUUACGACAUGAAGAUCUGUACCUGGACUUUCGUGGAUGAGUUCAAGCUCGAGGCUCAGGCAUAUUCAUGA